AUGAGAGAGAGAGAGAGAGAGAGAGAGAGAUCCUCUUUCCUGGAAAUUGUAAGCUAUUAAUGAAUUGAGAUGCUGUACUUGGACUAUUCUAUAACCCUUCUGAUUUGUGGAAUAACGGAUAAAUAGCCACCUAUCGCCCCUUUACAAACACUAGAGCUUUGGGAUCUCAUUUGAAAAAGAAAGGAGAGAGAGAGAGAGAGAGAGAGAGAACAAGGAUGGUGAGAGCUCCUUGUUGUGAGAAGACGGGACUGAAGAAAGGGCCAUGGACACCUCAAGAAGAUCAAAUUUUGACCUCUUACAUUCAACAACAUGGCCAUAACAAUUGGCGAGCUCUUCCAAAACAAGCUGGUUUAUUGAGAUGUGGAAAAAGUUGCAGACUGAGGUGGACAAACUACUUAAGACCAGAUAUUAAGAGAGGAAAUUUCAGUAAAGAAGAGGAAGAGACUAUCAUCAACUGGCAUGAAAUGCUUGGGAAUAGGUGUGUGUCCAUAUGGUCUGCGAUUGCAGCAAGAUUACCGGGCCGGACUGACAACGAGAUAAAAAAUGUGUGGCACACCUACUUGAAGAAAAGGCCAAAAAAUUAUCACACUACUUCAAACAACAAAGAACAAUCAAUCACCGUGCCCAAAUUUGAUUCCAAUGCUUCAAUUGAAUCCAAAUCAAUGAAAUUUCACAUCCCUACUCACCCGCGGAAUGAGAGUCCAGGGUGUGCACCUAGUUCUCCACAACAAUCAUAUAGUGAACUCUCAUCGGUCACAGACCUAGCCGGGUUACCAAACAACAUGGUCAUUAAGAAUGAAUCCGAAACAUUUUCCCAAGUCGAUGAAAGUUUUUGGUCUAAAAAAUUAUCAGCUGAGAAAUCGAACAUGAAAUCAGAUUUUUCGAGCAAUGGUGAUGAGUUACAAUUUUUAGUUUCAUCGAUUCCGGCUGCAACCGCUACUAAUAGCACUAUGGAACAUGGCAAUAACAAGUGUAGUUUCAACAUUGAUGAUGACAUGGACUUUUGGUAUAAUCUUCUCAUCAGGACAGGUGGUCAUUUACCAGAAUUACCAGAAUUUUGAUCAAUUUUUUGGUAAAAAAUUGAAUUUAUUGGUAGAUUUCGUCGUUAACAUGCAGGGAGGGGAUAGAAAAUUCCAAAGUAUGAUAAAGUUUCCAAAGUCCAAAAGCAAGAAUCCUUUAGUCAUUGACUAAGAAAAAAAAAAAAAAGGAAAAAAAGCAGAAGUCUUUGGUAGUGAGGAUUGUUUUUGUACUAGUGAUUUGAAGUGCCAAAAGGAUAUACAUAAGUAUUGACCUGACCAAUAUUUUGUAUAUGUUAGUGUACAGUAUGUCAUUCUCUGAGACUCUUGUAAAAAUAAGUUUUUGUGUGCAAUGUAGAAACUGUUUAAAUUUUAUUUGAUUUUAAGGGAGAUAAUGGAACUUGAUUCGAUUGUAUAAA